GUGUUUGGGGAAAACCUUGUAGAAAGCUACUGAAGCGACUCAAGGUCUCAAGCGAGUAGACAGACGGGCAGCGAGUCAGCGACGCAGCGUUCUUUUGCGACCGCCACUCCGCCACCGGCCUCCGUCUCUCUGCCAAUCCGCCAUUAGGCUCUAUCGCUCUGCCGCUCUACCGCUCUGCCGCUCUACCGCUCUACCGCUUUACCGCUCUACCUCCCUACCGCUCUACCGCCUCUACGCAUCUCACUUUCUCAACCUCUGCAGCCUCCAGAAAGGAAGACCCAAAUUUUGUUAUUGCACAGGGUCUCCGUUUUCUCAGGACCAGCCCUGACUGAGUUCACCUUUGGCGGUCGGGAGAAAAAAGAAUGGCGGACGAGGACUAUGAGAUGGAUGGAGGAUAUGAGGAUGAGCCAGUUGAGCCUGAGAUUGAGGAAGGAAUUGAGGCAGAGGAGGAUGCCAAUAAUGAGGACCUACCUGAUGCCAUAAUAGGCGAGGGUGAAGACAAACCUGAAGAGGUUGCUGUGGAAAGGCCUAGGAAAACAUCAAAGUACAUGACAAAAUAUGAAAGAGCAAGAAUUUUGGGUACUCGAGCUCUUCAGAUCAGCAUGAAUGCUCCUGUGAUGGUUGAUUUGGAGGGUGAAAGCGAUCCCCUUGAGAUUGCUAUGAAAGAGCUGCGAGAGAGGAAGAUUCCCUUCACAAUUCGUCGGUAUCUCCCAGAUGGAAGUUAUGAAGAUUGGGGGGUUGAUGAACUCAUCGUUGAAGACUCGUGGAAGAGACAAGUCGGGGGAGACUAAGUAACCGUUUCUAAAUUGCUGUAGUGCCUUCGAUAGAAUGAUGAGGCAUUAUUGAACCUCUCUGCUCUCCUUAUCGUGGUGAUAGCUUCAUUAGCAAAAAAAGAAUUAUUAGCAGAAAAAGUGUGCUUUUUGUACUUUACUCUAAUUUCAUAACAUGGUGGUUGGUACCUAAGAUGGGGCUGGUCUCUAGUCCUGGAUGGGAACCGGCCUGGUGGGUGGCGAUUUUAGGACCAGUUAGGGGUGGACCCGUUCUGAAAUCGGGUUUGACACUGUUUGGGACCCGUUCUGAAACCGGGUUUCAUCACCUUUUGACUUGAUCUUCAAUUGAAAUCACUCUUUUUACCCUUUUCUCAAUAAGGGUGUAAUAAUGUCACAAAUUAACUCAUCCAUUAUGAAAAGCUUAUUGAAAAUGCAAAAUGUUACAUUUA